AUGCCGGCGAAGCCGCCACCCGCCGCCGAGUUCGAGUACUGCGAGCUGUGCCGCCAUCACCACGACCAUGGCCGGCGCCAUCGCUACGUCACCAAGCACCGGAGAAAUCUCGACGCCGCGCUCACCUCCUUCCGCUCCAAGCUCUCCGACCUCCGCCGCGCCUUCCUCCACGGCUCCCCAUCUUCCCAGCCGCCGCGGGCCCAUCUCUGGUGCCCCUUCUGCUCCAUCGACCUCGACAGCCGCUCCGCUGGUAAAAAUGCCAUUUACCAUCUGGCAAGCAGUGAGCACCUGAAGGGUGUGAAGGAUUUCCUGUGGAAGCACGGGGGAGGGAUGGAUCAGGUGGACUCGCUUAGGAUUUCAGAGGACGUGCUUGCCAAGUGGGAGAAAGGCUCGGAAUCCUUGAGCACAGGAACGAAAAAGGGGACUGAAGGGCUGAUUGGACCAUGUCUGAAGCAGAUAAAAGAUAUCCAAAAUGAAUAUACCUGUGACAGUUUGGAUAGUUUUGCACAAAACAAUAUCCCAUCUUUUAGUAAUACUGCAUCAUAUGUUGUUAUGCCUUUACAAAGUCCUACCAAUGGGGCAUAUGACCCUAUUAGUACAGCGUGUCAUGGAGCUUCCAGUUCUGGAAGUGCUCCUUAUUCUGCUCCAUAUGGAACUGUUGGACUGCCCAUCACACCUUGGGGAUCGGCCGAAACACAUAGGCAGCAGGGUGCGCUGUCUACAAACUUGUUUCACAGCAGUGGUCCUGAAACAAAAGGUCAUCAAUCUACUGUCCUUGUAAAUGAUGCAAGGCCAUCGAUUUCUUGUUCUAAUCAUGUUCAACAAAGUCACACUGGAGGAAAUUUGAGCAAUGGCUCAAAAGCAAAUGUGCAUACGGGUGCUCCUCCUCCUUGGUUAAAAGCUAAUGAACAUGAUCCAAAGAAUUUGCCACUCAGAAGCUGUGGUCUUCCUUCUCGGAAAGGAAAAUCGAGGAAACUCAAUCCAAAGAGGGUUGGUGCUGCAUGGGCAGAAAGAAGAAGAGCUGAGAUGGAAUUGGAGAAGCAAGGUGAAAUUGUUCCAGCAACAUCUGAUUCUAGUUGGCUACCUAAUUUUGGUAGUGUCUGGCAAUCUGGCACAAGGAAGGAAUCAAGGAAAGACUUUGAGAAAAGCCACAAGCUUCACGACACGAAGAGCAAUCAUGACUUAUCCUUGGAGAUAAAACCAUAUAUCAGCAAACGGAUGCGUGUAGGUGCUGAUAAAGCUUCUGACAAAGCUGAAGAGCUUGGCAGCCACCUACAACAGUAA